AUGGGGACUUCCUUCUCGACGGCCAACCGCUUCCCUCGACAAGGCUCAUCCUGUCCCGUUUCCAUCAUGUACACAACAACUACAGACGAAGCCGCCGUCUUCAACUUCGUGGACUCCGUCGCCACCGACGCCGACGUUCGAGCGUUCAUAGCAGCGGGCGGUGCUGACAGUGCUACAAUCGUGGAGAUCGAGAAGCUCUACCCUAAAGAUCUAGGCCUACCAACAGCUUGGGCACCAACAGAAAAAGAAACCGCAGCUCGCGGUACGCAAUGGAAACAGUCUAUUGCUUUCCACACUAAUGUCGUGGAAACUUGCUCCCACCGCCGAACAGUCGACGCCUGGAAAGCAGCCGGAGGGACGGCACACGCGGCAAGAAACAGUAUCCUUGCUCCUGAUUCGGCGCCGAGAUUAGGGUCCCAUCACUCCGUCGAGCUGGAUUAUGUGUUUAGUAAUGUGGAUGCUGGCGGGAACAGAGCUCUCCAGAACUUGGCGAAGCUGAUGAGUCUGGUUUGGGCUUCGUUUGUGGUACAUUUGGAUCCUAAUAUGCAUCGAGUACCCGGUGUACCCCUUUUGGCCAGUCUGGAACGGUUCCGAAGCGGGUGGCAUCUUGGGACAAAACUUUGUCUUCAACACGAAUGGUCUUAUGUCGAGGCGGGCGAUUAUCGUCUUGAGCAGACGAGGUAUCUCAAUAGUAUUGUGCAGAGCCAGAUGUACAAUUGA